ACGUACGUGUAGAAAAAUGUGAUCUGAGGCGGUGUUAUUUGGGGGUACGUUUUAUACGUGUGUGCAUAAAUACAAUGAUUGACAGCUAAAAUCUUUUUUUAAGUAAGAGAAAUGAUUUAUUCGAUCACUCUGUGAGAGAAAAAGCAGGACGAAAUUAAAAUGAUCGGGCGACGACGAAGAAGCUAUGGACGCUAGCUUUUCCCCCCUAGUAAAGCUAUGAAUGAAUAUAGUUGUGGAGGGCGGGAAGUGGUGGUGGUUGGAAGGGGUGGACAAUCGGCGGCCACGGUACGUGGUGGUGGUGGUACGUGGUGGUGAAGAGCGGCGCUGCGGCGGUGGCGCGUGGUUGUUUAAUUUGCUUGGAGAGUUUUUAGUGACUUUGGUUGUGGUGUGUGUGGUAAUCGGCGACGAUAGUGGUGGUGGUUGACAUAGGCGAUAGUGGAUGGUUGUUGGCCAACUCUAGUGGCGGUUUCUGGACAGCAAUGAUGACUGACAACGGUGGUGGUGGCGGAGGCUGGCUGACGAUA